AUCUGCUGCUUUCUUUAGGGAACGUCAUUUGGCGCGUUCUUCUGAGCCGUCAUUACUUUAUGACAAGAUAAAACCUUCAGAAUAUCUUAGACAGGUCGAUCCGUUAAAUUUAAAUUCAGCGAGACUUGCUUCGAAUAUUAUCAGCUUAUUACCUUCAAAAAGAAUAAAAGUACACGGUCGUAAUUAUUUAUUGAACGCGAAUAAGCCGUUAUUAACAUAUUUUUCUACUUGUGGUUCAAAGAAAAAGGAUAAAAAGAUGGAUGAACAACUAGCUUCAGAAAUGGCAGCAGCGAGAGUUAAUGAUACCAUAAUUCGUACAGCUGAUCAAGGCUCUUCACUGAGUUUUAGUCCGGUUACGCCGGUUCCUCAAGUUAAAGGAGCGGAUUUAGAGAAUAAUAAACUCGAUUCAUUUCGUAGCUUUGUAGCUUCAAUAGUUGCCAAAUUUUCUGGGAAAUCGGCCGAUGAUAUUAUAGGGAUAUUAGAAGUCCCCAAAAAACCGGAAUUUGGUGAUAUUGCUAUCGCCAUCCCUAGAUUGCGUAUAAAGGGCAAUCCAGCACAAAUAGCACAAAAAUGGAUCAACAAAUUACUCCUUGCUAAUGUGCUUCUUGAUGAUAUAUAUAAACGAAAAGAAAAGUACGGAAAUAAUCAAUCAGGAAUUGGCAAAACAGCUCUUGUAGAGUUUAGCAGUCCCAAUAUCGCAAAGCCAUUUCAUGCUGGUCAUUUGCGCAGUACGAUCAUUGGCAACUUUGUCAAAAAUGUACAUGACGCAAAUGGUUGGAAAACAAUCGGUAUGAAUUAUCUUGGAGAUUGGGGUAAACAAUAUGGCCUUUUAGCUGUUGG